GCUUUCAAACUCUGAGGUCUAGAACAAUCAAGACUCCAUUCGAAUACGCAUUGCUUAUUCCACGUCCUCAAGAUGUCACCAUCACCGCCCCCAGAACUCAACAGCAAAACUGUCACAUAUCAAGGAAACGCAGUGCAGCCAGGUCAGGCAGUGCAGACGACUCAACCCAUGGCUUCCGAACCAAUGGAUCCCGAACAACCCCACCCUGAGUCGCAGCCGACCAUGGGACUGCGUGGGGGGCAGCGCGGCUCAGUUUGCCCUGGACGGUUCUGCUUCUGCGUUCCGUGCCCUAUCCCAUGUGAUUGCUGUAUUAUCUGAAUGCCGGACAGAGAUGUCGAAUCCAAGAUUGAAGGGGGAGGGGACGGAGGGGACCGCAGGCUGAGCCCAGACAAGGACCGACUUCUGGGACUGCCAUGACACUAUAGUGGCUGGGAUACACCCGAGCGGGAGACUGCAAUAAAAUGAGCAAACUGCAUAACAUAACAAUAUUCCACACUCAAACAGUUUUAUACAUUAGGAAGUAGAACUACAAAUAGGUAUCAUCAUUGAAUAGAAGCGCGUGCUCGCUCAUUCAUG